AUGUCACCAACCAAUACAGCAGCCUGGCUUACCACCGAAAAAGCCACCUCCCUCACCGUCGGCCCCGCGCCCUACACGCCUCCGUCGCCCACGCAACUCGUCGUCCGCAACCGUGCACUAGGAAUUAACUUGGUAGACUGGGCCAUGCAAAUGAUGAGCUCAGCUCUCUUCCCCUGGACCCAGUACCCCACCAUCCUCGGCUCUGACAUCGCCGGCGAGGUCGUCGAACUCGGCUCCUCAAUCACUCGCUUCAAACCUGGCGACCGCGUCGUCGCUACGGCCACGGGACUCACCUCCGGCACCGCCCAGGGAGCAUUCCAGACAUACUCUGUCGUAGCUGAGAACUUGACAUCCCCAAUUCCCGCCUCAGUCACCUACUCGCAAGCUGCCGUCCUCCCGCUUGCCAUCUCCACCGCCGCCUGUGGGCUGUUCCAGAAAGACUAUCUUGCGCUCCAACAUCCAACCGUGACACCAAAGCCGACGGGUGAAACGCUCCUCGUCUGGGGCGGUGCCACCAGCGUUGGCUGUAAUGCCAUCCAGCUCGCCGUCGGAGCGGGAUACGAGGUCAUCACUACGAGCUCACCCAAGAACUUUGACUAUGUGCGCGGGCUCGGCGCCAGCGCCGUGUUCGACUACUCCAGCCCAACCGUGACAGCUGAUAUUCUCGCCGCGUUUGCAGGCAAGAAAUCCGCGGGUGCCAUAGCGAUCGGGGGCGUGGACCCAGCGGUUAAUGCGGCCGUGACGAAGGCGUGCGUGGAUAUUGUGGCCGGGAGCGAGGGCCGCAAGUUUGUGGCCAUGGCUGUGCAGUUUGAUCCAACGCAGUUGCCUGAGGGAGUGGGUGCAAAGUUUAUCUUUGGGAGCGACCUGAAGGAUAAUGAGGUUGGGCCGGCGGUGUUUGAGCACUUCUUGCCCAAGGCACUGGAGGAGGGCGUGUUUAAGUGUGCGCCAGAGCCGUUGGAGGGGGGGCACGGGUUGGAGAGUAUCCAGGAGGCGUUUGAGCUUGGUAAGAAGGGAGUGUCGGCGCAGAAGGUGGUGGUUACUCUGUAA